GAGAUACAAUAUCAUCAAAGAGAUGAUUCUUCCGAGAACUGGGUAAAUCUUCGAUUCUGUGUUUCUGGAUUGAAGAACCAGUAACCUAUUUUCAAGUCUCGGGUUUGAUUUGAUGGCUUCUUCAGAUGAUACAUUCUCACAAGUGUUUGAUAUAGGAGUAGAAGAAGAAAAAGAGUCUUUUUAUGCUCCUGAUGAUGAUGUCUUGACUCUGCUUCAACCUACUUCACCACCAACGAUAUCUAGUGCCAAGAACAUUCCGAAACCUCCUCCUCUUCCUUGUAUUACCUACCAGCGUUUCCAAGCUAGUAGAAGGAAAACUUCUAGCUUAUCGCACCUUGUGCCUAAAGAAGCAGUAGAAACUUGGGAUAAGCUUUUCAAGGAAGGAUUUGGAGCAGAUACAUAUGUUGAAACCGAUAACAAAUCUCGCUUUCCAGCCCAUUCAAGUGUCCUGGAUGCAGCCUCACCAGUUAUGGCGAAACUUUUGAAUCAAUCUAGGGAUAAAAAUGGGAAAACAUACCUCAAAAUCCCCGGAGUGCCUUGUGAAGCAGUCUACAUGUUCAUUCGGUUUGUAUACUCUUCCUGCUACGAGGAGGAAGAAAUGAAGAAGUUUGUGCUCCAUUUAUUGGUUCUGUCACACUGCUACUCGGUCCCAUCUCUUAAAAGAAUUUGUGUAGAGAUUCUCGAUCAAGGAUGGAUUAACAAGGAGAAUGUGAUAGACGUGCUUCAAUUAGCGAGAAACUGUGACGCUACAAGGAUUUGCUUUGUAUGUCUUUCCAUGGUCAUCAAAGACUUCAAAUCUGUAUCUUCAACAGAGGGAUGGAAAGUGAUGAAACGCGCUAAUCCUUUGCUCGAACAAGAGCUCAUUGAGGCAGUCAUCGAAGCAGACACUAGGAAACAAGAAAGAAAGAAAAAGCUCGAGGAAAGAAAAGUGUAUUUGCAGCUCUAUGAAGCCAUGGAAGCUCUUGUCCACAUAUGUAGUGAAGGUUGUGGGACAAUUGGACCUCGCGAUAAGGCCCUUAAAGGAAGCCAUACAGUGUGUAAAUUCCCGGCGUGUAAAGGGCUUGAAGGUGCGCUCAGACAUUUCUUGGGAUGCAAGUCUAGGGCUUCAUGUCCUCAUUGCAAAAGAAUGUGGCAGCUUCUUCAGCUUCACUCUUGUAUCUGCGAUGAUUCUAAUUCUUGCAAAGUUUCUCUCUGCUGGAAUUUCAAGGAGAAAAUGAAGAAGCUUAGCAAGAAAGAACAAUCUAAAUGGCGAUUGCUUGUAGAAAACAUUAUUACGGCGAAGAACAGUCUCGGGCCCUUCUCUUCACGUCCUUCUGCAGCAUUUGCAUUGUGCCUCGUCGUUUCGGUUCUUGCACAAGACCAAUCAGGUUUCAUAAGCAUCGAUUGUGGAAUUCCAAGUGGAUCAUCGUACAAAGACGAAACAACGGGUAUAAACUACGUCUCAGAUUCAUCCUUUGUCGAAACCGGAGUCUCGAAAUCGAUCCCUUUCACAGCUCAAAGACAGCUUCAAAACCUGAGGAGCUUUCCCGAAGGUUCAAGAAACUGCUACACAUUGAUUCCAGUACAGGGGAAGGGCAAGAAAUAUCUCAUAAGAGCUAGUUUCAUGUACGGUAACUACGAUGGAGAAAAUGGUUCACCCCAGUUUGAUCUGUUUCUUGGUGGCAAUAUUUGGGAUACCGUCUUGCUCAGCAACGAGUCGAGCAUUGUUUCCAAAGAAGUCGUUUACUUGAGCCAAUCUGAGAACAUAUUUUUGUGUUUGGGAAACAAAGGCAAAGGAACCCCAUUUAUCUCGACUCUAGAGCUUAGGUUUCUUGGGAACGACAAUACGACAUAUGAUUCUCCAAAUGGUGCUCUUUUCUUCUCCAGACGCUGGGACUUUGGCUCUCUCAUGGAUUCACCUGUUAGAUAUGAUGAAGAUGUGUACGACAGAAUCUGGAUACCUCGAAACUUUGGCUAUUGUAGAGAGAUCAAUACCUCACUUCCAGUGACCUCAGACAAUAAUAGUUACAGCCUUUCAAGUUUGGUGAUGAGCACAGCGAUGACUCCAACAAACACAACAAGACCCAUCACAAUGACUUUGGAAGACAGUGAUCCAAAUGUCCGGUACUUUGUUUACAUGCACUUCGCUGAGGUCGAAGAUCUUAGUCUCAAACCAAACCAAACAAGAGAGUUCGACAUCGGCAUUAACGGAGUAACAGUUGCUGCUGGCUUCAGCCCCAAGUAUCUUCAGACAAACACGUUUUUUCUAAACCCUGAGAACCAAUCCAAGAUUGUGUUUUCGCUCAUGCGAACCCCAAAGUCCACUCUUCCGCCGAUUGUUAACGCUCUAGAGAUCUACAUCGCAAAUAGAGUCUCACAAUCUCUCACUAACCAAGAGGAUGGUGAUGCGGUUACGAGUCUAAAGAUGAUUUAUAAAGUGAAGAAGAACUGGCAAGGAGAUCCUUGUUUGCCUAAUGACUACAUUUGGGAGGGCCUUAAUUGUAGUUAUGAUAGUCUUACUCCUCCCAGAAUCACAUCACUGAACUUAUCAUCAAGCGGGUUAACGGGUCAUAUAUCUCCCUCAUUCUCUAACCUCACAAUGAUUCAAGAGCUAGACUUAUCAAACAAUGGCUUAACCGGAGACAUUCCAGAGUUCCUGUCAAAACUAAAGUUCUUGAGGGUUUUAAAUCUAGAGAAGAACAAGCUAACCGGUUCAGUUCCAUCCGAGUUAUUAGAAAGAUCAAAGAGCGGAUCAUUCUCGCUAAGGGUAGGAGAAAAUCCCGGACUCUGUAUCGAGAUUUCUUGCAGAAAAAGCAACAGCAAAAAACUCGCUGUCCCGCUUGUCGCAUCAUUUGCAGCAUUGUUCAUCCUCUUGUUAUUCUCUGGUGUGUUUUGGAGAAUCAAAAACCGGAGAAACAAGUCCGUUAACUCCGCGGUGGAAGAAAAUGCCGAACACAGAGCUACAACCAGUCCAAUGCCGAAAUCGGAGAACAAAUUACUGUUUACCUUUGCAGACGUUGUAAAGAUGACAAAUAACUUCGGUCACGUCCUCGGCAAAGGAGGUUUUGGUACAGUCUACCAUGGCUUCUAUGACAACCUUCAAGUCGCGGUUAAAGUUUUAUCAGAAACAUCAGCUCAAGGAUUCAAAGAGUUUCGCUCCGAGGUCGAAGUUCUUGUGAGGGUUCAUCAUGUAAACCUCACUGCGCUGAUCGGUUAUUUCCAUGAAGCUGAUCAAAUGGGAUUGAUCUAUGAGUUCAUGGCUAACGGAAACAUGGCGGAUCAUCUCGCGGGAAAGUAUGAGCACACAUUGAGCUGGAGACAAAGGCUUCAGAUUGCACUUGAUGCAGCACAAGGUAUGGAAUUCUCUAGAGACGCUGGAAUGAUGAUGGAGAACAAGCAGAAUGUCUGCUCUCUCGGAGAAAGCAGUAUCAAACGCCACAAGUCUGAUCUCUCUUUCAAUUCCAAGGAGAGGAAGGACAAAGUUGGAGAACGUAUUUCAGCUCUUCAACAAAUAGUUUCCCCUUAUGGAAAGACCGACACUGCAUCAGUUCUUCUAGACGCCAUGCAUUACAUCGAGUUUCUUCACGAACAAGUGAAGGUGCUAAGUGCUCCGUAUCUGCAAACGAUCCCUGAUGCUACGCAGGAGGAGCUGGAGCAGUACAGCCUGAGAAACAGAGGAUUAUGUCUUGUUCCAAUGGAGAAUACAGUUGGAGUUGCUCAAAGCAAUGGCGCUGAUAUCUGGGCGCCCGUGAAGACUCCUCUAUCUCCAGCUUUCAGUGUCACAUCUCAGUCACCCUUUAGAUGACCAAUUAGGCUUUUCACCUACUAAGAUCUUUGUGUUAAGCCUAUGAAGAUGACCAAUUGUUAUUAUUCUGAUGAUGCCUCUGUAACAUAUUUAGACAGAGAGACACAUGAUGUUGGUUUAGAACAGCUCAUGGUUGGCCAUGGCUGUUAUUAUUUGACUGCUUAAUGCUUCCUCUUACUUUGGACUUAUGUAAUAUACCAAACAGAAACCA